ACGUAUUCGAGGCCACGGUCACAACCACAAUCACUGGUUGAUUACGCACACAUUGGCGCCCCGGCUCGCUCCGUUGUCAAACGUGUCUGACAUUUGUAGUAAAUACUGUUCUAAUUUAUGUGAUUAUUUGUUGUUUGUGAUAGUGUAACGUAAUAAAUAUUCAAAAUGAAUUUAAAGGCGACGCUGGCCAUUACUAUGGUCUUUGUGGGAUGUUGCUCCAACGUAGUAUUCCUAGAAAUGGUUGUGAAAGAAGACCCGGGCGCAGGAAACUUAGCGACAUUCCUACAAUUCUUGUUCAUCGCUACAAUAGGAUUCAUGACUGUUGGCAAGUUCGGUACAGCUAAAAGACACAUUCCGUUCAAGCAGUAUUUGAUAUUAGUGGGAUUUUUCUGGACGAGUAGCGUAGCAAACAACUAUGCAUUCGACUUCAACAUAUCUAUGCCUUUGCAUAUGAUAUUCAGAGCUGGAUCUUUGAUGGCAAACAUGGCUAUGGGAGUUUGGAUUUUAAAGAAGAGCUAUCCACCAUUGAAAUACCUGGCUAUAUUCAUGAUAUCAGCUGGUAUUGCUUUAUGUACUAUAGUAUCAAGUUCAGAUGUGAAAGCGCCUCGAGAAACUCACGAAGAUGCGGCAGAGGAAGAAAGGUUGAAGUUCAUUGAUUGGCUGUGGUGGUGCCUUGGAAUCGCAAUCUUAACCUUUGCAUUAUUCGUGUCAGCAAGGAUGGGAAUCUUCCAGGAAUCCUUAUACUCGAAAUACGGAAAGCAUCCAUGGGAAGCAUUAUUCUACACGCAUUUACUGCCUCUAGUAUUCUGGUUGCCAACCGCGCCAAAUCUGAUUGGACAUGUCAAAAUCGCCACAGAGACGCCGAUAGUCGAAUUUUUAGGCAUCGAGUUUCCUAGACAAGUAUUGUACUUGAUACUAUACGUACUAACACAAGGGUUAUGUAUCAGUGCAGUUUAUGUAUUGACCACAGAAUGUGCAUCACUAAUAGUUACUUUGACUGUCACUUUGAGAAAGUUUGUUUCCCUACUUUUCUCAAUAGUGUACUUUAGAAAUCCCUUCACAAUGGGCCAUUGGAUUGGAACCCUACUUGUGUUUAUUGGGACCAUGAUAUUUACGGAAUUAUUACAGAAGACAAUUGGCUUGUUCUUGCCAGCUAAGGAUGAUAAGAAGAAGAAAUAAUCGUUAUGACAAAAGUGUUAGGUUUUCGAACAAAAGCGUGGGUGUUAAAUGUGACUAAGUAUUUUGACAAGAGUUCUAUUCACAUGUUCAGCAAUUGAACCACAAUGAUUGUUUAUCAGUGAACCUUAUGAGUGUUAAAUGCCCUUUGUAUCAAGUGUGAUUUUUGCCAGUUAGACACCUUAUUCAAGGAUCGCUUAGCAUAAUAAGUAAUUAAAUGCAAUUACAAAUGACUUAACCCCUCUAAAGAUAGCAAUUUUGUGUUUCCUACUUUUUUACUUAUUUGACUUCCUUUAGAAGCUGACUUUGGAGCGGCAAAGUCAUUUCAAAAGAACAUUUUAUUACACACCUUAAAUGCAUCUUAAAUACUGCUAAUUUAUAUCCAAAUCACCAUUUUAAUGAAAUAUUCCUACUUUUAUUUAUUAUAUCUUGAAGUGUUCUAAAAUGUCCAUGAUAUCUAUGACUUGCAAUUAAGUAAAAUAGAGCUGUGCUAUCAAUUGCUUCAAUCAACACACUGCUAAGCAACAGUAAUACAUAAGAAUUUUUAUAUAACAAUCAGUCGUACAUUGGUAAGAUAAAGUAGACCGUUUGUGAAUUGACAAUGAACUCGUUUAUUUCACGAUAUUUCUUACAGUUCAUUUGAUAAAGAAACAUACUAAUUUGUUAGUGUAUUUUUUGUAUUUAUCGUUCAAUUUAAAAGAAACGUUUUGUAAACAUUUGUACAGUUUUCGUCAAAUAGCUUUUCUUCUGUGGAGUAGUAGUGUUUUCUUUGUACAUUUUGAGUACUUACUGUGAAGUCACUUCUAGAGAGCUUCAGAACAGAAAAGAUAUUUGACGAGGACUGUAAUUUCUUCUAAUCGUAUUGCAAAAGUCUAAAUUUGUAAUUUACUAUUACAAAAUGCAGAAGUAACAGUAUCUGUCUGUCUGUUGUGCACCAAUUUAAAUGAAAUCUGGUACACAGAUAGUGUAGAGAAAGGACAUAGACUACUUUUUAACCGGGUUCGGGAAGUUGUUCCAUCAGAACGCGAGUAGAAUCGCGGGGUAUAGUUAGUAUUUUACAUUAUGAGACUCAUUAAUAUCAUGUAGGAACGUGCUCACAAAUUGCCGUGCAAGUCAUUCAAAGAUAAAGUAAGAUAUAAUCAUUGGAGUAUUACCAACAUAUUGCCGCGUCAUUCUACGUCUAACAGACUUAUGUACAAAAUGAUAGAUGAUAUAAGCGUUAUAUAUUAGUCAGUCAUCGUUUAACAUGACCGUUUGAUAUUGAGAACAGUCUUAUCUAUUAAAUUAAUUUUAAUCUUUGAUUACACUAUUCUUAAAGUCAAAUGUUUUUAGAUCAAAUUGGUCUUUGCAGGCUCUUAUGAAACGUCACACUAGUUGCACGGUUCCAAAAAGUUCUUCUCAUAGGGUGCUUACAUAAAGAAACAGGUUUCCGAUACAGACAAACCUGUACGGGUAGGUACCGAUCAGUGCAGGUAUAUAUUUCAAUACAAUCCUAUUCACUCACUUAUAAAGAAACAGGUUGUUUACCUGUUUUAACUUACCUGUACAGGUUUGUCUGUACCGGAAAACUGUUUCUUUAUGUAAGCACCCUUAAUUAUUCUUGAAGUAAAUGUCAAAUAGGUUUUAGCAGGCUCUUAUGAAACGUCACACUAGUUGCACGGUUCCAAAAAGUAGGUCUCAUGGCGAAGAACCGCCAAUAAACUUCAUAGAACAAACAGUUAUUUAUAUAAACUCAUUAUGACAACUAAGAAAUCUGUUUCUAAGAGUAAAUAUUUUUUUGUGUUAGACUUUGCGCGCGCGCAAGGUCGUUGGUGAGUUUGUUAAUAUAACAGAAUGUUUGCUUGAGUCAUUUAUUGUCUGUUGUCGAUCAUUAAGCAAAUUAGAUGUUUUGUUAUUUAUAGCAACAUCCAUAACAGAAUUUAUGUAUGUAUCUAUUAUCUCAUUUGAGAAGAGGAUAAAAUGUGCAUAUUUAUUUAUGUAUUGAGUGACUUGCCGUCGGAAUAAAAGAUAAUGCUACAAAAAUAACGGUGCCAUAAUGAUAUUGGACCUCAUACCUCCCCACUCAGAGACAUUUAAUGGUUCUUAAGCCAUUCCUUAGUGAAGUAUUUGUAUGACAUUCCGUCACUAAGGAGUGACUUAAGUAAUCAUUAAAUGUCUCUGAGUGGGGAGGAUAGACGCCGAGUGAUAUUUAAAAUGCUUAAGAUUUCAUGCUAUUAAAAUCCUGACAUUAUAACCCAACAUGAAAGUAAAUCGUUUUGUGAAUAUUGUGUAAUUAAUAAUUGUUUUUUUUUUGUUAAUUAUUGUAUUUAUUACACAUAUAAUAUUUUAAUUGGAAUUGGUGAUGACAAUAUUAUGAAUUAAAAAUAAAUAAAUUGAUGUGCUCAACUUCGGAUUGUUUAUGUUAAAGAAUUUCAAAUUCUUUUUACUUUGGAUUUAAAUGCAGCCUUUAUAAUAAUGUAAAGCAUAGAUAAUUUAAUAUAUGAUUAGAUUUAAGCUCUAAUUGUUGUAAAAUAAAUUAACAAUUUUUUAGAACA